AUGAGCUCUUUUCGUCUGACACUCGAAGACAGCUCUGUCGUCACCGGCAAGACAUACUUUGAGCUCGACCGUAAAUACGAGUUCUCGUCAAAGACAAUUCCGCUCCUAGUAUGUGUUCCUGGUGGUGCUUAUGAUAGUGACUACUUCGACUUUGAGCCGAAGCAUAGCCUGCGAUCUCUGAGCAAAAUGCUGGGUAUUCCAGUCGUCUGUGUCGAUCGACCAGGUUAUGGGGAGUCUACCGAUGUGAGCAACAUUGGCAACACGUUCAUCCAGCGCCAUGGCCGCUGGUUAAACAAUCUAGUUUUACCGUCGAUAUGGAAAGAGUUUUCAGCGUCAUUAAACGCCUCAUCAAUCGUCCUUUAUGGAGAAUCAAUAGGAGGGGCUGUCUCCACUGUGGCAGCGGGAAUGUACGCGAGCGAUCCCCCAGCAUACCCGCUCUCUGGCCUUGUUCUCUCAGCAAUGUCGACCAAGCCACAAACCCAGCAACUCACCUCAUAUUUUUCCGAUGAAAGCUUAAGAGGCAAGCCAAUACAUAUGCCAUUCGAACAGAGGAUCUCUCAUGCUGCAGGGGACAACCCGGAACUCUUUGACCCAGUUGUGUUUACUUCUCGGAAGGGAAUGUCGUCGACCUCUGUGGAAGAACUCUACGACAUUAACAUCCAGUGGCCGACCUAUUAUGCGAAAUAUGCGGAGAAAAUCACAGUACAAGUACAGUACUCUAUGGGUGAAUAUGACCAAUUGUGGCAUAUCAAUCGGGAUACCAUGAAUGAGUUUACGCAAAGUCUGAAAAAUUCUUUUUGGGUCGAGGCUCGGUUCCAGAAAAAUGCUCCUCAUUGCAUUGAGUUCAGCUAUCAAUGCACAGCCUUUUACUUGCGAGUCUUUGGGUUUGCAAUGGAAUGUUCUGAUUCAUAUGCCAUAGAUGAGGAGCGGAAGAGAACUUGA